AUGGUACGACCUUGCGAGCCAGUACCGUCAACGUCCCUGGGCACAAACACGCCCUCCCCAGCACCAAGCUACCCAGCUCCUGAAGAAGAUGAUGACUCUGGCACGGCAUCUCCCGAGCUUCCACUUACCAUGAGUGCUUCUGUAAUGCUGGCGGACCUACCGCGUGAUGCUACGGCUGCCUUGGCUAGUGUUGGUGGCUUCCCUCAGGAGAAGGUGGUUGUCAAGUUCAAGCCCGUUGGUGCGGCACCUAGUCUGGCGCAGGAGCUAUGCAAGAUUAGUGCAACGAGAAAGUUUGAGGAGGUGUGCUUCAAGAAUGGCCAGGAUCAGCUCAUUGUCGCCUACUCUAUGACACCAGCUUUCGGGUGA